AUGAGCCAGGGCAUAACAAAAUUGGUUACCAGUGAUAUCACCACCGAGAUCAAAAUUUCAGUUUCUACAGCAAUCCUCUACUCCGCCACUGACAAUAAUCCAACCGACUUCGGCUCUGUCGCCAAUGGCACCCGGCUUUUGAAAAAGUCCCUGACAGAUUAUGCUAAAGCCUGCCCAGGAUCCAAGGUUGCAGCCUUUGGACAGCUACAGUGA